UGUUCCAGGGACGUUUACAUUAGUGACAGGAUGACGCGACGUGAACAUCGUGCUCUCCCUCAUCACUAUGAUUUUGGUUACGCGUCUGCGCGCGCCCUGCAUCAGCGGCCGGGCCACAUAGCAAUCAGGUGGUAAAAUGCAACUUUUAAGGAUAGCUUUUGAAGGCAGCUAUGGUGUAGUUGUUACCUUACGAGGGCCGACAAUGUGAGAAAAUGACAUAGUUGAUGGGUAACCAAACGGCAAUGAGUAGGUUAACCGGAUGAAACGAGACUAGAAGCAAGACACAAUCAUGAGCUCCUCUUUUCCCAAAUCCGAAUCCAAGACCUCAUUGCUGAAAUCUUCCUCGGCAAGCGGAAGAUCGACACACUUCCCUGAACGUACGACAGGAACCGACCGAAAUCAUCAUCAUCAUCACCACCGUCCAGCUGCAAGUCAAGUGAGCAGCAAUGCCGCAGAGGAGUCUUUCUGGUCGGCAGAGUGCGACGUUACCGCGCGGAGACCCCUGUGCCACCCCUCGCUCCUCGGUACCCGGAAUAGGGCGACGACCCGAGCUAGUAAGAGCCAGCCCCACGCCCCACAUGGCAACGUCCCCGCCGCCCACUCCCAGGAUGACCCAUCUGAGCAACAUGGUGUGGGUCGAGGUAUGAGAGAACGCUGCAAGUCAGCCAAGCAUCACCGACACCACCGGAAAACGACCCGGGACGACCAGCCAGCUGCACAACACCACAGCCACACUCACCCUACCCGUUUAGACCCCAGAAUAGGCAUACAGCCUCACUCAGACUGCAAAGACGACACCGCGCUCUUGUUUGAAUCGAGGGACCAUACAAGGGCCAGUUCGUCUGCUAGCGUGGAUGCCAGCAUCCUGUCCCCAGCUUCCUCCUCACCUAUCCCCGUAUCCAGCCGAUCCUCUCACCGCUCUCGAAGGUCCAGCGCAGCAUCGUGUGAAUCUGACUUUUUGCGGCCAAUUCUCAACUCGGUUUUUGGACAGGACAGAGACCUGAGGCCAGAGGAGAUUGAUGAGUUGCGGGAUGCUUUUAAGGAGUUUGAUAAGGACAAAGAUGGUUUCAUCAGCUGUAAAGACCUGGGAAACUGUAUGAGAACCAUGGGAUACAUGCCUACUGAAAUGGAGUUGAUAGAACUGAGCCAACAGAUCAACAUGAAUUUGGGAGGUCAUGUUGACUUUGAGGAUUUUGUGGAGUUGAUGGGCCCCAAACUUCUUGCUGAAACUGCAGAUAUGAUUGGUGUGAAAGAACUGAGGGAUGCCUUCAAAGAGUUUGACACCAAUGGUGAUGGAGCGAUAAGCACAGCUGAGCUGAGAGAAGCCAUGAGGAAGUUGCUGGGACAACAGGUUGGCCACAAGGACUUAGAAGAUAUCCUGAGGGACAUCGACUUGAAUGGUGAUGGGCAUGUUGACUUUGAAGAGUUUGUACGAAUGAUGUCCCGCUGAGAGGAAGAAUGGUCGAUAUGGCUUCAAGUUAAUUAUUCUGAAUGUGAACCUCUGCCCCUUUGUCAUCAUCAUUGAAUGAGCAAAACAGAGUAAAUACUUGGACCUCUGAGCUAUCUUUUCCUGAGAAAAACUGGAAUUAAAGCCCUUACCUCUAAGUAGAAACGGAAGACCACGGUACUGGUCAAAAUAGUGUUCUUCGCUAAAAGCCCCACAUUCCAACUUAGACAGGUUCUACUGUAGCUUACAGACUGACCCGCUAAUGGUUUCCGCACUAUUAACCCUCCACGAACUGUAUACACUUGUGUGUAGCCUGCUGUUUAGGCAAGUUUUGUUUCUCAACCUUUAAAUGGCAAUAUUACUUGUGACUACUGAUACGUUGUUCAAGUUUGGGUAAUAGAGUGAGAAAAGCAGAGUCUUACUUGUGUGUGUGUUUGUCACUGUGAUCUUUUGUGAGGUGAUCACUGUGUUUACCCAGCACCAUAAAAGCACCAGAUCCUCUCUAAUGCACUGGGUUUAUGGGACAAGCAAGAGCUAAGAGGACCUCAGCAAACACGUCAACCCCAGAUCUGGAAAAUAGUAGCUUUUCUUCACAUUUGUGUGCAGUGAAUAAACAUGAUGGUUUAUGUGUACAGAAUCUUGUCUGUCUGUCUGUCUGUCUGUCUGUCUGUCUGUCUGUCUGUCUGUCUGUCUGUCUGUCUGUCUGUCUGUCUGUCUGUCUGUCUGUCUGUCUGUCUGUCUGUCUGUCUGUUGGUACAGUUUGACAAAUAAAUUCCAGAGUCCUAGUUUGUCAUUGUGCUGUUUUUAUGCAUGCCAGAGACAAACCUAAUUUGAAAUAUAGUAUGUAUCUGUAUGGGUGUGACAGUAAAUGUAAUACAUUGUCUAAUGUAUAUAGUAGGCUACGCAAUCUACUAAAAAUAAAUGUCUACUUGUGAA